AGUUUGUGACAGCAACAGAAGUGAACAGAAUUGAAAAUGGGUGCACGAACAAAAACAGCAAAAUAUGCAGUUGGAUUUACCUUUGGUUCGUUUGUUUUAAUAAUAAUUGCAUUCUCAACACCUUACUGGUUACAAACUGAUGGAGAACUGGAAGAACCUAAAUUCACAAACCUCGGAUUAUGGGAGUUAUGUUUAAGUAACUUUGAGGAUGUCCAUCGGUUCUAUGAUGUGAGAUUUUCAGGCUGCAUGUGGAUAUUUGAAGAAGAAUAUUAUAUUAUUCAUGACUUCAUCCUUCCGCCAUUCUUCAUCACAGUUCAAUUCUUCUUCACCCUCGCUUUCACAUUACUGCUGUUUUCUGUUUUACUCACUCUCUUAUUCCUGACAUGUUCAAAGGAUCAUGAGCGCUACAUGUUACUUUUAAUUACAAAUGGAUCAUCUUUAGUUUUCGCUGGAGUAUGUGCAACGUUUUCAGUGAUUUUGUUUGGAUGCUACGGUGACUCACGCGAUUGGAUGCCAAACUGGGAACACAACAACAUGGGCUGGUCAUUUGCUCUUGCUUGUCCAGGCUCUCUCAUGCUUUUCCCAGCUGGUAUUUUAUUUUUGAUAGAAGCAAGACGUUUAAAAUAUAAACGUUUGAAUGAGAUUGGCAGUCGUGAUGCAGCUUAUAGUUUGGAAGAUAGAAGACGAUAUGGUGGUCACACGGACAUUUAAGCACGCUGUUCAUUAACAUUAAUCUAGAUUUAGUCAUAUCAAAAUAGCUAAAGCACAAAGCUUUAAGUGCCUUCAAAUGACAUUUUCAACAUUAAUUGUUUAGUUAAGAUCUGAAUUCAGAAUCUCAAAAAUUAAAAGACAUUUUAUCAUAAAAGUGACAAUGAAACUAUACCGUCCAAAAAAAAUUAAUUAAUUAUUAAAUUUAAUUUUUAUUAAAAUGAAAGAAUAAAUGAAAAGAAAAUUCAUAAAUA